AUUUACAGGAAUCAAUGAAGCAAAAUGAAAGAAAUGAUGCUACUUUAAAAUCCCUGCAAACUCAAGCGGGAGAAGGAACUUCCAAAGUUAAAGAUCUGGAAACUGCGCUGGCGAAUUGCAAGGAGGAAGUAAAAGUGCAAAUGCAACAAGUUGAUGAAAACAGGGAACAGCAAGAUAAACAUUUGAGAAAGAAAUCAGAAGAGGUACAUCGCUUCCAGAAAGACCUGAAGAUAUCUGCACACAAUUUAAAGGAAGCAAAUGAACAGAAUGUUCAACUACAACAGACACUGCUGCAAUACCAACAAAUGCUACAGCAAGAAAACAGCACGGAUCGGAGACUUGGAGGACCACCAGGCAGUUCUAGAGAGAGAGGUUUCCAAACUGGAGCAAGAGUUAUUGAAACAGAAGAUGUCAUUUACAGAUGAGCUGUCCAAAGUAGAAGACAAGCUUUUUAAGGCCUAUGACGAACAUGAUUCCAAACAUCAGCAGGUGUCUGAACCUUACCAGUACUAUGAAAGAUAUACAGACAGAGAUGGAAAAAUGCAAAGAUGAAAUGAAUGGAUUGGAAAAGAACUUUUUAACUAAGGAGAGAUAACGCAAACAAGGAUGCUUAUCUUAACCAGCUAGAAAUAAACUCUACAGAGUACGCAGGAAGAAUUAAACAAAAAAUCUGAACACGUGCGUGAUCUGGAGGAAAAUCUGCACCAAACCGAGUUAGACCGAAGGAAUUCAGUGCAGAAACUCAGGAGAGUGACAAUCAAUUAAAGAACAUAUAUAAGGAAUUACAAGACACUUUAGAUCAGCUUAAAGAGCUCCGGGAAAUACUACAAAAGGCGCAGAACACCAUUGAUGAGAAGAAUUACACCAUUGACGAGCUCACAAAUGAACUGAGACUGUGUAAAGGCGAAUUGCAAGAGAGAGAUGCGAAAAUCAUUGACAUGGAUCAAGCACUUCAAGACAGGCAAUGGGAGCUCCAGCAGAGAGCAGCUCGGCUUACACAAUUGGAGAUGGAUGUUCAUGAGCACAAAACUGAGAUGGAGCAGAAGAUUAUUUAUUUACAAGGUUCUUGGAGAAAUCAGAAUUAACCAUUAAGGAACGCAAUAAACAGGUGGAAACUUUGGACGAAAAGCUACAGUUGUCACAAGAACAAUAUUGUGAGCAAGACUUCAAGCUGCUACAGAGGGAACAGCAAAUAAAUCAGAUGAAAACUGAAGUAGAAGCAAAAGAUUUACAGAUUGUGGAAUAUGAACAGAUUCUGAAAAGUAAGGAGCAUUGCAUUUUAAAACAACAGCAGGAGGUAUUGGGUGAAGGUCAACAAGUGCGCCUAGCUCGUGAGCAAAUGCAGCGCUGUCAUUUGGAACUGAGGGAGACUCAGCAACGGCUGAUGCAGGUGCAAAGAGAAGCAGACCGUUUAGCUCUUGAGCUGGAUGAAAGUAUUCAACUAUCUCAUGAAAAGGAAGCAUGUGCUGCUCACAUUGCAGAAGAUUUGGCUGCUGCUCAAGCUCGAGAAAGUCAAUUGGAGAUCAAGACGCAAGCAGAGAUAAAGAAGCUGAAAGAAUUGGUGGCACAUUUAAAGAAUGCUCAUGAGAAAGAGAUCAUAGUGCUUAAAGAAAGCAGACCGCAACUAUUAGCAUCUGAGGAGAACUCCACUACCCAUAUAUCCUAUGAACAGGUGCUACAAUUGAAGCAGCAGCUCGACAAAAGCCAGAAAACUACCCAACAUCUUGAGUCAGAACUCCACACUCAAAGGGAGGUGAUAAGUGCUGCGAAAGAAGCUCUUAUAAUUAAGGAAUCUGAAGUAGCAAGGCUGCAAGUCAAAAUUUCUGGAUUUGAAAGGGCGCUGGGAAAGCAGCAGCUGCCUUCUCCCAUGUUGCAAUCUCAACGUGAACCUGAGAAUAGAAAAGACUCCACGAUGCAAGCUCGGAGCUUCUACCCUCUUGCCACAAAUAUGAACAGGUUGUUCAGCGUUGGUGAGAUGUACGGGACUGAUAUUGGUUCAGCAUUAAAUUCUCUGAAUUGCUCGAAUAGGAUUCGAGAAUUACUUGAACAAUCUUUUAACCCCAGAAACAUCAGCGUACAGGAUAAGAGGGAUGCUUCCUGUCCAACGCAACCAGAGGGUGCCGCAUUAUUCUCCAGCUCCCCUAAAGCAGAAACUGAAGAGGAUUUGGAAUUCGGUAACCUGGCUAGCAAUAGUGACUUGGAAAGUUUAAGUGGAAUGUUCAAUCAUUUAAGUGCCAUGGAGCGAAAUAAUAUUGCGGAGGACGCCCCAGUUGACAUGUCACCAAGAUUGUCUAGUGAACAGAUUAAAUCAAGAGUAGAAGAAUGUUCAGCAGGAAGGUGCAGAAUGCCAAACGAGCAAGAAUGAUAUUUCCGAAGAAUCUGAGCAAGAUCAGUCACAAAAGAGGAUCAGCUACGUUGAAGAUAAAGUUAGAUGCCAGUGUUCAACAAGUUCCAACUAAGGGGCAUUAUUGUGCAAUGUGGAGCAGUGGAGGAAGUGCAUUGACUUUUUGCCAAACUAAGCUUGGCAAUAAAACCUCUAAUUUCAUAAUGCCGUGCAGUUAAUUUAUUGCGUAAGUGGGUGUUGAAAAGUUAAAUUUUUUUGAUGAGCAUUUGUUUUUAGAGAAAUAAAACAGAUGUAUUUCAUUGAAAUGCUUAAUUUUUUUUCUGUGUAAAAUAAACUCCUCUCCAUUGCU